GGUGGCUCGUCUGGUCGCACGCUGCUGAGCGCCCCACAUGCUGGUGUGUGUGGUCAAUGUGACUGUGGUGCUGCUUCAGACUCACUGCAUUUUUUUUUUAAUCAUCAGUGUGUGUACAGUGUGUUUCUUUCUGUCGCAGUCGGAGAAGUUGCCGUUGUUUUGUUCCCAGUGACAACUGUUACUUUCAGUGCCUCAGUUCCCUGUCACUGUUCUGACUCCACGGGCACUCCAUAUCCCAGCACCCAUUGCGGCCCCGCCCCUCGUUGUCUCACUGACGGUCAGCGGGGAGGCCUCUUUCCAUCUAGCUAGCUGACAUCAAAAACUUGAGCACUGUGCAUAUAUAUUGUGGCCUUCUCCAGUGUUACUAUGGAGCCAUCGGGAAGUACUACCGUGUCUUCAUCGAGCAACCACACCCUGAACUCAACAGGUGGCGGCUGUCCAUGGGAAGUCAGCGACAAGGCCAGACUGUGUCGCUUCCUCUGCUAUGGCUCAGAGGGGGACGUCUACACUGCCAGAGACGAGGGUCAAGUCGGCAUGGAGAGCGCCGGAGCGCUGCUGUCGCUGCUGCAGGAGGGUCGAGGCGCUGAGGUGGUGGAGGAGAUAAAAAGGUUCACUCAGGAUGGGCGAGCCGUCGGACUCGGCCCGUCCUUUUUCGCCUUGGCUUUGUGCUCUCAGCACUCCGAGCUGAAGACCAGACAGGCGGCAUUUAAAGCCCUGAAGGAAGUAUGCCGGGACCCUGCCCACCUGUUCGCUGUCAUCCAGAACAAGAAGGAAUUGAAAGAGGGGAUGAAGUGUGGGAUUUGGGGCCGUGCCCUGAGGAAAGCGGUGUCUGACUGGUACAAUGAGCAAGAUGCCAUGAGUCUGGCAGCGGCUGUGACCAAAUGUAAACAGAGAGAGGGAUGGUCGCACCAGGAUCUGCUCAGGCUCUCUCACACAAAACCAGCCAAUGAAGCUAUCGCCUUGAUCAGCAAAUAUGUAACAAAAGGAUGGAAAGAAGUCCAGGCUGCAUACGCGGACAAAGAGAAUUCAGAAGAGGUCGUCAAAGUGCUUUCGUAUCUUGAAGUUGUGGAGAAGGUCAAGCACAGUUGUGAUGAAACAGAGGUCAUCAAUUUAAUAGAGGAACACAAACUGGAGAGGGAACAGCUGCUGACAGACCACCUGAAGUCUAAACAGGUAUGGAGGGCUUUGUUGAAGGAAAUGCCUCUCCACUCAUUGCUGAGGUGUCUGGGUAAGAUGACAUCAAACAAAGUUCUUGAACAAGGGAGUUCGGACACACAAGCAGUGUGUGACAGAAUCCAGAAUGAGGCAACACUAAAAAAGGCAAAGAUCCACCCUUACAGCAUACUCUUGUUUUCUGAAAACUACAAAAGAGGCCAAGGCUAUCAAGGUAAAACAAAAUGGGAACCAGACAGCAGCAUCCUCAAAGCAUUGGACUCUGCCUUUUACAAGAGUUUUAUGAACGUGGAGCCAGUAGGUAAACGCUUCGUAGUGGCAGUAGACGUGAGCACAUCACUGAGCAGCAUUGUCCCAGGGUCCUCAGUCAGCACUGCUGUCGCUGCUGCAGCCAUUACUAUGAUUUUUGCAAGGACAGAGGCGGACACACAUGUGCUGGCCUACUCUGAAGGAGCCUUGGUUCCGUGCUCUGUCACUGCUGACAUGACUCUGGCACAGGCAACAGUUGAACUCGUUAAGAUCCCGGGUGGGAGCACAGACUGCACCCUUCCCAUCACAUGGGCCACGGAGAAUGGGAAAGCAGUAGACAUGUUCAUCAUUCUGACCAACAACCCAUUGUGGGCGUUCACUGCCAGCCCAGUGGAGUCUCUAAGGAAGCACAGACAAAAAACAGGAGCCAAUUCCAAGAUGGUAAUGUGUGGGCUGACCUCCACUGGACACGCCAUCGCAGACACAGAGGACAGGGGUUUACUGAGCAUCUGUGGCUUUGACCUUGGAGCUUUGAGCGUCAUUCGUAACCUCGCCCAGGAUCUGAUUUGAUCAUGUAUUAGGACUGUCUGUGAAUUAAGUGGUUAGAGUACAAAGAGAAGGCACAAAGUGGACCAACGAGGCUCACUCAGCAUGAAGAGUGUCCUAAAACAGCACUAAUCCAAAAGAUGUUGACAUUUACAAUUCCAAUUUCUUUUUGUAUCAUGUCACUGACAAUUCAAUUGACAAAGUGUCCAGCGGGCUGGACAACACUCUGAAGAUGUUAUGUGCAUAUUUUUUUUUUUCUGAAAUGUGAAGAGGAAGUGAUAAGACCUGACAUGUCUUUGCAUAUCAUGCUGUCAAGAGGGCAAACAGUGCAUAGUAUGUAAGUAUUCGAUGGUACCUGGUGAGACACUAACCCAUUCAACAAUAAAUUCCACUAAUUUAUAGCAAGAUGAUUGCAGAUUAUAAGAGGAACAGUAUAAAAGUCAGAAUGUUAGAGGCUUAGUUUAACUGUAGAUUUAUUUUAUGGGGAUUUACUAUAGUUUGUAGUUUGCUUCUAUGAUAUGAUUUUUAGCCGGUUUGAUGUGAUAGUAGAGGCAUUUUAAAGGGGCACUAUGUUGUUUUGGAGAAGAAAUUCAACUUGGAAUUCUAAUUAUUACAGUAUAAAAAUAAUUAAUGCAAACUUGGAAAUACUUAUUUUUUCCAUAACUGAAUGAAGCUGUUCUCAGAGGAAAAUAAGGUCCCAAGGACAUGGUGUGAAGCUAGAAAGGUGGCAGGGUCCGCCACACAAAUCAGUCAAUAAAGAUCAUUGUCUUCUGGUUACAAUGUAUUUCCAAAACUACACAGUGCACCUUCUAAAAAAUGAAAGCCGGUCCCCCUGUUUUAUGUAGCAUCAUUAUAAAUUAUUAAAGUGUAUACUCUAAGAGAGAAUAAUUGAGACAAAGCACUAAAAGUUAAAAGACUACAAUGUAUUCUGAUGACUUUUCUUUGUUUUGUUUUUUUUGUCUUUUGUCAGUAAAUGUUUUUUAAUAGUGAUGUUAAUGUCUAGAAUUCCAUUCAAACUAUUAUCUUUAGCCUACCUACAAUUUAAGUUUUUGUAUUAACACUUGUUUUCCCCUAAGCCAGUUUUAUUUCAAAACUGCGCUGUCUGUUCUGCUGUUGUUGAGUUUUGUCAACCAGAAAAUACUCUUGGUGCUCUUAAAUGUGAUGAUACAUUUUUGGGGGAAUAUUUGGAACUGACCAAUAAUGCCAAGGUUUGGGACUGUAAGUCGGUUUACUGUAAGUUGGAGAAUGGACUAGUCAUAUUUUUAGUCUGAAUUCUAUGCAUUACAAUUUUGGAUUUGAGUAUGUCCAGGA